AUGUAUGCAUACGUCAUCGCUGUGGUCGUGAUUAUCACGAUCUUGGUGGCCAAGCAUCGAAACUUUGGCAGGCGGCCAAAGGACUACCCGCCAGGGCCACCUACGCUCCCCUUCUUUGGAAAUCUUUUCCAGAUGCCUACUCGGGAGAUACACAAAGGGCUUGCAAAGAUGUCCGCGCAGUAUGGCCCGAUCAUGAGCCUAAAGCUUGGUGCCAUGGAUGUCAUUGUGUUGAAUUCAUACACGACGGUCAAAGAUCUUUACGAUAAAAGGAGCAGCAUUUACUCAAAUCGUGUGGAUAAUUACCUACGCAACUUUGGAUAUAACCUAAUGAUAUCGACUCGAGACAACGACGAUGUUUGGCGCCGUCAGCGAAAAAUGUAUCAUACAGCUCUAACGAGUACUGCUGCUACUCGGUACUUGCCCUAUCAGAGAUUCGAGUCCAACCAGCUCCUCUGGGACUUGUUGAACAAGCCCAACAGCAGCUAUGAUGCUCUAAAGCGCUAUACGACCAGCACCGGGUCAACAAUCACUUACGGCUGGAGAGUGAACAGCUCGGAUAACCAUUACGUGUCUCGUCUUUUCGAAUGGAUCGAGUCAUACACAUUAGUCGGAAUCGCGACUCAGGUCACAGAAUUCUUCCCCUUCCUUCGACCAAUUAUAAGGCAUACCCCCAAGUCUUUGAACAAGCUGAAUAAAGAGCUUUCGAGGCUUGUUAUAAUGGAGAAGGACCUUUGGUUGGAGCUUCUUCAACAAGCUAGAUCGAAGGUUGACCAGGGAAGACUUAAUCCAUGUUUCGCUGGCGAUAUGCUCACUAAUCAGGACAAAGAUGGACUCAACGAGAUGGAGAUGGCAUAUAAUGCAGGCCAUGCUUGGGCUGGAGCUUCAGAUACGACAUUCAACACGCUGCUGGGAUUUGUGAAAGCAAUGAUCCUCUAUCCUGAAGUUCAGAAACGAGCCCGUCUGGAGUUGGACGAGGUGAUCGGUGCUGACAGACUUCCGGAAUGGCAAGACAGGGAUAACUUACCCUACGUCCGAGCCAUAGAGUCUGCGGCCCAAGCUGACCCGGCACUUCGUGACCAUUUCACCUUCGGAUCUGGUCGCAGGAUCUGUCCGGGAAUGCAGGUUGCGGACCGCAGUCUGUUUAUGGUCAUAUCUCGAAUGCUAUGGGCGUUUGACAUCCAGGGGCUAGAUAACGAGGUCAUCGACAACGAUGCAAUGACAUCCGGCCUUGUCGCAGGACCAAUACCUUACAAGUCGAAUUGCGUGCUUCGCGACGAGAAAAGGGGCCAAUUGAUUACGGAGACUUGGAAGGAAGCUGAAGGUUGGCUUGACGAGGAGCGAAAUUACACCCAGGCGUGGUACGAAGCGGAAUUCUGGAAGAAAUGA